UGUUUCAAAACGGGCACACUUAGCUGUUAUGUGAAAUUAUUAUUGGGCAAAAAAUUAAAUAAAAAUAGUCAAAACCCAUAGAAAAUGUUAAGAAUAAGCUGUUUAUAUCGACUGCCAAAUGCACUGCACUCCAGCCGCUGUGUUAGACACUGGAAACAGCCAGCGGCAGCGUUGCGACAAUUUCAUGUGGACGCCGCGCGACUGAAGCGCCGGAAAACGGCUGAAGAGAAGAAAUCGCCACGAAUUAUAGAGUAUUCACCGAAGAAAGCGCCGCCGGCAAAUGGUUUGCCUGCUGGAGGAUCGGAAAUCUGGCGGCACAUGAGCGUGACGCAGCUGGCCAAGACGCUGCAAAGGCCAGUGGAUGACGUGCAGGAGGCCAUGCUGUACGUUAAAGGCGCUGACAACAUUGAACCAGCCGCCAAGUUGCCGGAUCUCAAAAUCAUACAAGAAAUAGCCAAAAAGCUGGGCGCCAAGACGCGCGUGGUGGCCACACCAGAGACCAGCAGCGAGGACGAGCAGAAGGUGCGCGAUGUGACGCCCAGGCCGCCUGCGCCGCCAGAGCUGCUGCAGCCUCGUCCGCCCGUCGUCACAGUCAUGGGCCAUGUGGAUCACGGCAAGACCACGCUGCUGGACUCGUUGCGUGGCGCAGAUGUGGCUGCGGGAGAGGCUGGUGGCAUUACACAGCACAUCGGUGCGUUUACUGUGACGCUGGAGAACGGCGAACAGGUCACAUUUCUGGACACUCCCGGCCACGCGGCCUUCAGCGCGAUGCGCGCACGCGGUGCCGUGGCCACGGACAUCAUUGUGCUGGUGGUGGCCGCCGAGGAUGGUGUCAUGGCGCAGACACGCGAAGUCAUUCAGCUGGCCAAGGAGGCGCAGGUGCCCAUCAUUGUGGCGCUUAACAAAAUCGAUAAACCAGAGGCGAAUAUUGAAAAGAGCAAGCGGGAGCUGGCGCAAAUGGGUUUGGCUCUCGAGGAGCAUGGCGGCGAUAUUCAGGUCAUCCCAAUUUCAGCGCUCAAAGGCACCAACCUGCAGCUGCUCGCCGAGGCAGUGAGCACGCAAGCGACGCUUAUGGGGCUGAAGUCUGAUCCUGCGGGUCUGGUGGAGGGCAUUGUGGUGGAGUCCAAAACAGAUCCGCGUCGUGGCAAGCUCUCCACGGCCAUCGUGUCCCGCGGCACACUGCGCAAGGGCUCGGUGCUGCUGAGUGGCUUGGCGCAUGCCAAGGUGCGCGGUUUGUUCGAUCACAAUGGACAGCCGCUGAAUGAGGCGCCGCCCGGCACACCAGUGGAGAUUCUGGGCUGGCGGGAGCUGCCACUGGCAGGGGAUCUCAUACUAGAGGUGGAAACGGAGAAAAAGGCGCACGCCGUGCUGAAGUUCCGCGAGCAUGAGGCGCAGCAGGAGAAGAUCGAGUCGAGCAGCGAUGAGAUACGCAAAAAGGAUGAGGAGCAUCAGGCCACGUAUCGAGCAGCGCGCGAGGCACGUCGCCUGGCGGGACGCUUUCGCAUGCGCGGCGGCCAACGGGUCAAGCAGGUGGACGAGCACGAGGGCAAGCCGCGCGUCAGUGUGAUCAUCAAGGGCGAUGUGCAUGGCUCUGUGGAGGCGAUACUGGAUGUGCUGGAAACGUACAGCAGCAACGAGAUCUGCCGCCUGGACAUUGUGCACUAUGGCGUGGGCAAUGUCACGGAGGGAGACCUGGAGCUGGCCAAGGCAUUUGAUGCCAUUAUCUAUGCCUUUGCUGUGGAGACGCCACAGCUGAAGGCCGCCAAAGAUGUGACUGUGCGCAGCUACAACAUAAUCUAUCGGCUGAUUGAUGACUUGAAGGAGCAGCUGAGCAGCAAGCUGCCACCUAUGGAAGUGGAGGAAGUGCUGGGCGAGGCCAAUGUGCUGCAGAGCUUCAUCAUCAAUGAGGGACGCAAAGAGGUGCCCGUUGCCGGGUGUCGCUGCACCAAGGGCGUGCUGAAGAAGGCACAAAAGUUCCGACUCGUGAGAGAUGGGGAAGUGGUCUACGAUGGCCAGUUGGAGUCGAUGCGUCAUCUGAAGAACGAAGUGGACUCCAUCAAGAAGGAUGUGGAGUGUGGACUGCGCUUUAGGGAUGCGAAAGUGCUGCCACAGGCCGGGGACAUACUCCAAUGCUACACGACGCACAUGGAGGCGCAGCAAACGGAUUGGGAUCCAGGUUUCUAGUGGAUGAUUGUUGCCUUUGUUAUCGCCAUUAUAAUACACUUAUUCUAUAUAGUUUUUGUUUCCAUUCUAUACGGUUUAUAUAAAACAAAUGCCACUAUC